CCAGCAGUUAGAGAGGAACAGAGGAGGAAGAGGAGGAGGAGGAAGAGGAGUGGAGUCCGCUCCCGCGUUUCUGCAGCAUUUGUUUAGGAAACGGGAGGAGGCGCAAGGAGCAGCGCGUUAGACGGAUUUGGAAAGAGAAUGACUGGACAGCAGAGAAACGUCUCCUUCAGUCAGGAAGUUUCUGCCUUUUUGGAUUAUUGUAGGCUCUAAUGACGAUUAUUAUUUAGGAGGAGGAGGAACGCCGGACGCACGGAUCUGUCUGUGGGCUUUGCGCGAUGUUUAGACUUCUGUGAAGAGGAACUGCUUCAGCCUGGAGGCUCAAACUUCUGCGGUAAACGAGGACGGAACGGCGUGGAAUGGGAGAAGCGGCUCCGGCGCAGGCCACGGCUCCGGGUUUCCCCACCGUCUUGGGCUCUGUGGGUUCGGGCUCCAUGGCCUCGGUGAGCCCGGUGUCUGUGCACAGCGCUAUAGUGGAGCGGCUGCGCGCACGAAUCGAGUUGUGCCGCCGCCAUCACUCGGCGUGUGAGAGCCGCUACGCGCGCGGUCAGGCUGAGAUCUCGGACCGGGAGCGCGAGGCAACGCUACAGCUUCUCAGUAUCGUGCAGCAGGGUGCUACGAACCGGAGAGGCAAGGAGAGGAGCGCGAGAGGAGGCGCGGCGCACGGGCCGGACGGAGCCAGAGCUAACGGGGAGCAGAAAAACCGUGAGACGGGUGACGGAGAACCGAGACUAGCGACACGCAUAGCGCUGCAGGGGUCCCUUAGAAGAAAGAUUGAGGGGCAGCCGUCUGGAUACACUGCUAAUCAGAAUGGCCAUUUCUCUGUGGGCCCUGUGCCAGACUUCAAGCGCCUUCGUAUGGAGACAGGCACUCUUCGUGCUCGUGCUUGCUCUAUGGAUGCAGGGCAGCCUCAAAGUUUAGCUGGGUCAAUAGCUUUGGGCCAGGUUCCUCGGCGGAAAGAUCCCUUCAUGAUGAACCAAGGUAUAGGCAAUGAUAUUUUCAACAUGACUCUCAGAGAUAUGAAGAAAGAACCAAUUGAUAUUCAGACCUGCAGCCAGUCAUCAGUGGAUCCUGCAAUGAUGGUGUUUGACUUUAAAGAUGAGGGUGGAGGACAGAUUGACCCCGAACUCCAGGAUCUCUUUGAUGAGCUCACCAAGUCAGUACCGCCUCUCAAUGACCUGGAGCUGGAGAAAAUGCUGAAACAAGAUGAUGACUUUGGUUUAGAUCUCGGUCGACCUAGCUCAGCAGGUGCAGUCAAUCCCUGCCCUCAUUUAGAUAAACCAAUCAAAACAGAGUACUCACCUGAUUAUGGCCAAGCUCCUGGAAGCUCUCCACAGCUCAGGCCCGCAUCUGCUGGACCUUCCUUCUCAAUGGCCAACACUACUUUAUCAACUUCCCCCAUUGGGCCUGGGCAAAUUACCCACAAUCAUGUACCACAGACCUCAGGUUCAUCUUCAAGAGGACUGCCUGCCUGGCCUGAGAUGUCACAUGCUGAGCAGCUAAAGCAAAUGGCAGCAAACCAGCAGCCCAAACAGCAGCCCAACUCUCUCCUCCAGCACCAACAAAACCAAGCUGGAGGAGUGAGGAACUGGCCCUCCACCAUGAGUGGCCACCCCAGUUCCUUUUGUCAGGAACCAAUGUCCAGCACUGGUCUGCUAAGCCAACCGAGAGUUAGCUCUCAGGGCACUGGUCAAAGCAAAGGCCUGCCUAACUGCCUCUUUAAGCCCAGUGGUUACAAUCCAUCAAAUCCCACUGAAAUAAAAGCUCUUAGCAAUAAACCAAUGCUGCAUUUCACCCCUAAAGCAUCAACUUCAACGACAAGCCAACAAAUCCCCCAUAUGUCUGGGUCACAGAGCAAACAGACUCCACAGCAGCAGUCUACAGGAGGUCAAAACACACAAUUCCAGUUGUCUAUGCAAUCAUGUCUUCAACCAAAGCCCCUGAGGGCUCCUCUUAACCAACAUGGUCCUGGAAUCAAUUAUAAGCUGAACCAACAAAGACAGGGAUUGGCACCAGGUCCACGUUUCUCAGCAAACGGUUGUUUGGUGACCCAACAGCAGCAUCCGUCUGCACCUAGUGCUCCUCUGAUAAAUAAUGGCAAAGGACAGAGACAGCUAAGCCAACCUCAGCAGCACUCCAGCGAAACUGAGAAAUUCAACCCACAGGAUCAAUUUAACAGGCAUCUUACAAGACCUCCACCUGACUACAAACAACCUCAGCAUUCCAACCUUUACCCAGGUCUGACAUCAUCCACAAUGGCCAGUAACAACUCUGACCAGAGAGAGAUCCAGUCAAUCUCAUGUCAUAUACCCAACGGCCAAGGAAUGAAAAUGACGCCCAACUCUGGAGACAGAAUGUUUCCCAAUAGAUCUGAUCAUUCGGAAGUCCAAAGCUGUGCAGGCCAACUGCCUAACAGCCAGAUGCAAAUUGGGAUGCAUCAAAACAAGUCACAGUUCCAGGGAAUUCCUCCCAACAAACAGCAUGUAAGAACCAAUGCAAGCCAAGAUCCAACCCUUGGCCAAGGACUGGGAUGCAUGACCACCACUGGAAGCAGGGAGACUGCUAUGAGCUGGGAAAAUGUUACAAAACAACUAGAUGUGAAGAGACUUCCAGGUACAGUACCACCUCAGAGUGCACAAACUGAUGCUCACUUCCCACCAAGACAUAAUGUCCCACCAAAUCAGGGAGUGCCCCAUUCUGGACUGAUCCCUUUAAACCCUGGCAUUAGAGGAUCAGCUCCUAGAGCCACCUUGCCAUGCAUACCCCCACUUCCUGGGAUAACUAGACUAAACCAACCCUCCCCCACACAACAGGGGUGCAUGAACACAUAUGGUGGCACAGCACAAAGCCCUGGUGCCUAUCAGAACAACCGCGCAGGCCGCCUCACGUUUGAUUUUCUGCAGGAUGGGGAUAAUACUGUACCAGGGAUCAAUGCAGACUCUGAAUUCAUCGAUUCUCUUCUUAAGUCUGGUUCAGGCAGUGAUGACUGGAUGAAAGACAUAAACCUAGAAGAGAUUUUGGGUGGCCAAUCAUGAAUGAGAGACUCAAAAAACAAAACAAAUGAGAAUGACAAUUUUACUAUUUUGUUAUUUUACUGCAAAGUGGUUUAGUGAUUGAAGCUUCUAAAGAGCUUUGAGUUAUAUUUUAAACCAUCUAACUUAAGGGAUUGGCUUGAUUUCUUAAAAUAAGAUUUUGAAGACAUUUUUUAUUCAUGUGGACAUCUGAUGUAUUGCAGGUGUAGUUAUACUUAGAUUUAGCUUUUAAUUGCAUUAUCCUAUCUGUUAUAAAGAUCCAUGUUCACAAUAUUUAUGGUUUUCAUUGUAUGUUAUAUAAUUAUAUACAUCCCAUCCAAUUUGGUGUGUAUCCUAAAAGUCAGCCAUAGUAACCAUUGACAGCCACACAGUGCAACAAACUGGCACACUUGUGAUUGUCACAUCCUAAAGACUAGCUGUAAGAGAGGUAUUCAUUUAAUUUAGUUUUUUUUUAAUAAGACAAAUGAUUUUGUCAGUAUUGAUGUAAGGAACCUGUGGCAGUAAUCAAAGAAUAUAAUGGCAAAAAUGUUAUUUAUGAGUGUAUACCCUGUUGUAAGAUCUUUGUGUGAGUUACAAACAGUAUGUCUUAAAGGUCUAUGUUUAAAACUGAAACCCAGAGAUUUGCUCUGGGCUGAAAUCUAAAAUUGGAUUCCCCUAUAUUUAAUUAUAAAAUUAUUCCAAGCAGACAUUAAGUAUUAAAAUGGUCUCAAUAAGUCAUAUUGCUAAUAUUGUAUUUAUGAAUAUGUGUAUUAUAUCUUGUGUUUUUUUGUAAAACUAGUCUUUUCUAUAAUGAUCUAUAAGACCGUAAUAAAUGUGCAUAUCCUGUGAUGUCAAUUUAGCCUUUGAAUACUGACAAUUACAAUAAACUAUAGUUAUACAGA